AACUUUAAAACGUUAAACCAGUGUUUCUCCUUCGGCUGUGACAGAUGGUAUGACCCGCUGUCACUCGGCUAGCAGGAGAGGGAGGGUCAACAUGGCGUCUGAACAGGAGAGUUCAAACGGGCCCGUGAAGAAGUCCAUGCGAGAGAAGGCUAUAGAAAGACGUAGCAUCAACAAAGAGCACAACAGUAACUUCAAAGCAGGCUAUGUACCCAUAGAAGAAGAACGUCUACAUAAGACGGGGCUAAGAGGACGCAAGGGAAACAUGGCUGUUUGCAUCGUUGUCCUCCUCUUCCUCCUCGCCCUAAUUAACCUCAUUAUCACUCUGGUGAUAUGGACAGUGAUCCGGAUCGGACCCAACGGAUGCGACAGUAUGGAGUUUCACGAGAGUGGCCUGCUGCGCUUCAAACAGAAGGCGGACAUGGGCAUCGUUCACCCACUGCACAAGAGCACAGUCGGAGGCCGUAAGGACCAGGACCUCGUUCUUGUCGGCAACAAUAAUCCGGUCGUGUUCCAGCAAGGCACCACUAAGCUGAGCGUAGAGAAGGACAAGACCUCAGUCGUCAGUGAUGUUGGCAUAUCUUUCACAGACCCUCGCACUCAGACCACCUUCUUCAGCACAGACUUUGAAAACCACGAGUUCCACCUGCCCAAAGGAGUCAAAGUUCUCAGUGUUAAAAAGGCCUCAACAGAAAGGAUCACCAGUAGUGCAGCAUCUGACCUGACCAUUAGAGGAGACAGCAAGGCCAUCAUUCGCGGAAACGAAGGCGUCAACAUCAUGGGCCGGACUGUAGAGUUUAAAAUGGGUGGAGGCAUCGAGCUCAGGGCUGAGAACAGCAUCGUCCUCAAUGGAUCAGUCAUGUUCAAUGCUACACGCAUCCCUAAUUCCGCAGGAGAUGUGUAUUUCGAUGAAGGCAUGGAGAGGUACAAGCUCUGCAUGUGUGCAGACGGGACUCUGUUCCGCGUGCAGGUGAAAUAUCACAACAUGGGUUGCCAGACUUCGGAUAACCCGUGUAGAAAAGCUCACUAGGAGACUUAACUGGAAUCUGCUGUUACAUCUCCCUACAAUCUAUCACCACUGAGGUCACACUACAAAUUUGCAUUAUGUAGAACAGCCUAUAGGCCAUUCAUCAUUACUGACACAUAACAAUACCUCUGCAGUUCACCUGACUUAUUCUGUAUUCCUCAUUUUGUGUGCCAAACAAGGGUUGCGGUAUUGAUCAUUGCCACUUGGCCAAAGAUAUUAACAGACUUGUAAAUGCUGAAGUAUUUUUAUUGCUCGUCAGGGUUGUCAACCUUAUCUAAAAACUGAUGUCAUAUCAGUGCAGAACACUCAUAUAUUUAACAUACUGUGGUCUACACUGUCCAUUGAUAUUUGAAGCUACAGUAUUUACUUUCUUGCCUUACCGUACAGUAUUUACUAAUUUACAAACCUCACUUUGGGUUUGUGUAAGACUUUAUUUGCUGUUCAUCGUCUCUGGCAGCUGUGUUUGAUAUUUUCUUUAUUAUAUUCACUGACAGGCGUGAGACACUACAUGUAAAUUAUUAAAUUUGGGAAAUGUAAAACAUGAGAUACAUUUUAAGCCAUCCAGUAGCUGAAGGGGUCUCUUCCUGCACAUCUCGGACUCUAUCAUGCACGUGCCAAUGGAUUUAGAAGGGAAGACGGAGGAUAUAAUAUAUGUAAUAUUCUAAUUUUGUCGCAAAAACCUUUUUUUACAGCGAAAUAAUACAAUAUUGAAAAAAAAACAGGAGGAGAGCGUGUGCACUAAGUUAUGCUACAGAUCGAUGCAAAUCUCUUUAAAAACGUUGAUGUUCAUGAAUGUCAGGAAAGUUUAAAUCAUCAGUAGCUCGGUUUGAAACCUAUAUUGAGUGGUUUGUGCAAUAUAGUAUAAAAGAUUUGAUUUUCACUUUGCUUUGGAUUGUCUUUGUCUGUUUUAUAACAGUAAUGAUGUUGAGAAAUGUCAUGAAGCCUGUUGUGAGAGUGUUUUUGAUCAACUGAAUGAAGAA